AUUUAUUUUAUGUGACACUUUUUGAAAGUGUUGCAUGAUGAGUGUUGCGUAAAGCCACUUUUCCCGUAGUGCAGGCAGGAUUUACUUAUGGAUUUUGUUUCGUUUUCUUCUGAUUUAUGUAUCCGUGUUUCAAAUCAUCUUGUUUGGGUAUUUGCUUUCGAUUGUUAUUUUUGAGGCUCAAUCGCCGAGGAGAGAAGGGGCCACCAGCGACAGAGACUGAUAUGGUUUUCAAGCAUCCGCCGCAACCUCGAUUCCGACUCUAGAUUUGGUGGUGCCGCCACCAUUCGCUCCAAGUUUCGUCGCACUCUGGGAACAUGGAAUGGAGAAAUGGAGAAGCGGCAACGGCGGAAGAAAAAGAAGAUCUAGAAGCUACUGCUGCAACAACUGCGAGAGUCUAUACGAGGAAGAAAGCGGAGAUGCAGAACACCAGAAACACCAUCUAUCUCCGCCUGCAUCUAGGCGUCGUCGAUCUAUCCCCGCUGCGCUGCUCACCAUCUAUCUCCGCCAUUUGGCCGCCAUCUUCCUCUACGGAGAGUACAACUCCAACAGACGACAUCAAAAGAGAAUUAAUGGUGAUUGACGAUGGGAGGAGGGGCGGUGGAUUGCUGGAGGAGAAGAAGAGGGUUCGAGAAGAUUCGGGAUAGGAGAAUUUUUUUAUGUUGUAAAUGAUGUGUCGUCCAUCUGUCAGUGAAUGCUGAGGUGGAAACAAAAUAGAGUGUUAGUUGGCAGCCAGUUCAACAUUCCGUUAAUUUGAAUAAUGGUGUCACUGACGCCGUUAAAUUAUGUAACGGAAAUGGCUAUUAUUGUCAUCAAACUUUCAAAAUUCUUGCUAUUAUUGGUAUUUCUCCAAAAGUGGUUAUUAUUGUCACAAACGUCAAAGUUUUGGCUAUACAGAUGAAUUUUGCCUUAAAAAUGAGAUGAAAUAGAGUUAAUAAAGGGUUUGGAUUUUG